AUGUCUGAAAGUGGAUCCCCGGGUGAAGUAAAUCAGUUUCCAAACACUUCAACCCCGGGUAGCAGCCCAGCUCAUGUGGCUAUACCAACCUCUUUCUCAACUCCGGGGAGCACACCCGAGUUUCUUACCUUUAACACUCCAACUCCUUCCAGAUCCGGAGUUCCUUCCCCUAAUGUUGGCGUCACUGACACUCCAACGCGUAUUGAACUUAACCCCGAGGGGGUUGCCAACAAUUUCCUUGAGUUGAGGUCUCUCCUCAACCAGUAUGUGAACAAAGAGAAGGAUAAGGGAGUGAGGAUUCAUCUAGACUAUGAUGAGCCUGAACCAACGCUGUCUCCCGGACCUCCCGUUCCACCUUUUACAACCAGGAAUGAGGCUGGCCCCAGUAAUCCUCCAAAUCCUGUUCCAUAUUUGUCUACAAUGGCAAACCCUACAAUACAUCCUCUCUUUUCAUCUCAGCCAGUUAUGAGUGGUGCUCCUCUGGGCCAUGAGCUGACCUUAGAUCAGCUCCUACAGUCCCCAGUAACAAGCUUUCCAGCUUCUACAACAACUUCAUGGGAACAAGCCCUGUCCGUGCUUCCAUUGGCAUGA